AUGAAGGGUUUCAGACAGAGAGUGCAUGAGCAGUUGUCGAGGGCAAAAGACGCAAACAAAUCCUCCAAGAAGAAAGACUCCUCCAACUCCUCGUCCCAGAAUAACACCGCCCUCGGAGUCCAACAUGGCCAGCAAUCCUCCUCCCCCAACCAAGGCACCCCGACCUCGUCUACAACUUCAGUGAAUGAUGCGAGAGGCAAGUCGCCGGAAGGUGCCGCGCAGCCCGGAAUGUAUCCUCCUGGUCAGUACCAGAACUCGCUCGGCGGAGACGUGACUGGCGAGCCAGUGAAUAACGGUGGACCAGGUACUCCCACAAAGCAGGGGCAGCCCAUGGCUCCCAGUGUCGUCAUCAGCCCGAGUGGACCGCACACCCCUGCCCCCCCCGGAGCCGCCGAGACCAUGCCGGGCGACCUGGCUCCCCCCAAAAGGUCCCACGUUUUUGAUCGCCUCCAGACAACGCCCAAGGAUAUGUCGGAGGGCAUCCGGACCCCCAAGCGCCAGCACUCGUCCCGGUUCGAUAUCUCCGACCAGCGCCAGAGGGAGCUGGAGAAACUUCCCGGCUUCCACGAAGUCCCUCCCAAUCGCCGCCAGGAACUGUUCAUGCAGAAGAUCGACCAAUGCAACAUCAUAUUCGACUUCAAUGACCCGACUGCCGAUAUGAAAUCCAAGGAGAUCAAGAGACUGGCGCUCCACGAGCUUCUGGACUAUAUCGCCAACAACCGCUCGGUUGUCACGGAGUCGAUGUACCCUCGGGUAGUCGAAAUGUUCGCCAAGAAUCUCUUCCGACCCAUCCCUCCUCCAGUGACUCCUCAGGGGGAGGCAUUCGAUCCCGAGGAGGAUGAGCCGGUCUUGGAAGUGGCGUGGCCCCAUAUCCAGGUUGUCUACGAGUUUUUCUUGCGAUUCAUCGAGAGCCAGGACUUCAACACGAACAUCGCUAAGGGGUAUAUCGAUCACCACUUUGUGCUCCAGUUGUUGGAACUGUUCGAUUCGGAAGACCCCCGCGAACGCGAUUUCCUCAAGACCACCUUGCAUCGCAUCUAUGGAAAAUUCUUGAACUUGCGAUCAUAUAUUCGCAGAUCUAUCAACAAUGUUUUCUUCCAGUUUACGUACGAGACCGAGCGCUUCAAUGGAAUCGCGGAGCUGUUGGAGAUCCUGGGGUCAAUUAUCAACGGCUUUGCUCUCCCCUUGAAGGAGGAACACAAACUUUUCUUGACCCGGGUCUUGCUACCUCUACACAAGGUGAAGAGCUUGAGCAUGUAUCACCCACAGUUGGCCUACUGCAUCGUUCAGUUCCUGGAGAAGGACUCGACAUUGACGGAAGAUGUCGUCCUAGGUCUGCUGCGCUACUGGCCCAAGACCAACAGCACGAAGGAGGUAAUGUAUUUGAAUGAAGUCGAAGACAUCUUUGAGGUCAUGGAUCCCGCAGAAUUCGCGAAGGUCCAAGGACCUCUGUUCCAGCAACUCGCCAAGUCUGUCGCCAGCCCACACUUCCAGGUCGCGGAGCGUGCCCUUUACUUCUGGAACAACGAAUAUUUCUGCAACUUGGUCAGCGACAACGUGGAGGUCAUCUUGCCGAUCAUGUUCCCUCCGUUGUAUGAGAACUCUAAAGGUCACUGGAACAGAACCAUUCACAGCAUGGUGUACAACGCGAUGAAGAUGUUCAUGGAGAUUAACCCACAGCUAUUUGACGAGUGUUCCCAUGAAUACAACGAACGCCAGAACAGUGCCGAAGAGCGUGAACUGAGUCGCCAGAACCGAUGGGAUAAGGUGUUGGAGCGGGCCACGGACAGAAAGAAUGGUGUUUUCGUCCCCCCACAGUGCCAGGUCGCGGAUAUCCCGGUCCACCUCGACGACAUCGACAGCGUGACCCACGACAGCCAGAAACGUCUUCAUGCUCUGAAAUUGGAUGACUCGGCCGCGUCCAAGGAACGAAGGCCCCGCGAAAGCACGACAUCUUCGGUGAGUAUUGAGCGUCCCUAGUAGCUUGUGUGGUUAUGUUCUGCUGCAUGGCAUUGUCGCACUUCGCCAACACGGAACCCUUUUGUCCCCCUCCUGCUUCGUCGUUGUCUUGCUAAGAAGUUGUCGUUUUUAUCGUAUAGCAAGCGUGAUUCUAAUGUUGAAACGUCCGUUUUCUCCAGAGACGGCGCCGCGGCUCCUCUGAUGAUAUUCGAAGGCGAAGAAGUGGUAGCGCCAGUGAGCUUCGGCCCCGUGUAGAUCGACGGCGGUCGGCUGGUUCUGGCGUUGCUGUAUCGAU